CUCAAAUAAAGGUUGUAAAAUAAUAGUAAGUUGAAUACUUGUGGUUUCGAAAAAAAGUUAAAAAGGAUAGCGCAAAGUAGCGCGAUUGAAGAUGAGUAACACCGUCGCCGUCGAUUGUUGGCUUCUCAGUUCCGGCGUUUCCUCCUUUACAUCCACUUCCAAGUUGUACUUUCCGGCCAAUUUUUCUCGAAAGCCACGCUUUGGUAGCAACACAAUUCGAGCUUCCGCCACCACAAACGGUUCAAGUGAAGGUGUUAUUUACAAAGCGUUAUUAUGUGGAAGAAGAGCCUUACUAUCUAUGAUUACCUUGCCUCUUGUUAUGCCGUGUGAAAGAAUUGACAAUAGUGUUGGUGCCAUUGCUGCUGAGUACGUUCAAAUUGAGAGCUUUCAGGUAAGGGAAGAGAUCAGGAAGGUAUUAUCCAAGAGCAAGGCUGCUGGUGUACUUCGCCUUGUAUUCCAUGAUGCAGGAACUUUUGAAAUUGAUGAGAAAACUGGGGGUAUGAAUGGCUCUAUAGUAUAUGAACUCGACAGACCCGAAAACAAAGGCCUUAAGAAAUCUCUAAAGAUUCUGGACAAAGCGAAGAGUCAAAUUGAUCUUGUGCAAUCAGUCUCAUGGGCUGAUAUAAUAGCUUUGGCUGGAGCUGAAGCUGUUUCAUUAUGUGGUGGACCUAGUAUCCCCAUUCAGUUGGGAAGAAUUGAUUCAAUGGUGCAAGAUCCUGAAGGAAAACUUCCUGAAGAAUCACUAGAUGCCAUUAGCUUGAAGCAAUGUUUUGAAAGGAAAGGCUUCUCGUCUUUCCCCAUAACUCAGGAACUUGUUGCCUUGUCUGGCGCGCAUACUCUGGGAAGUAAAGGGUUUGGGAAUCCAACUGUCUUCGAUAAUGAAUAUUUCAAGAUUCUCAUGGAAAAGCCAUGGUUGUCCUCAGGCAGCAUGACUAGUAUGGUUGGACUUCCCUCUGAUAGGGCACUUGUUGAAGAUGAUGAAUGUGUAGGAUGGAUAUCAAAGUAUGCUGAGGACCAGAGUUUAUUUUUUGAUGAUUUCAAGAAUGCCUAUACUAAACUUGUUGACACUGGUGCAACUUGGAAGAAAGCAUUGUAGUCCUUGAAAUUAAUCAGCAAUACCUUGUCAUAGCUGGUAACUUGUUUUGGCGUAUACAAGGUUUGAUGACCCUGCAACAAAUGCACUCAAAUGUUACUUUUUGGUUACACAGGCAGUCUUAACGGAAAAUUUGCAGCUAAAGUUCAGUAAAUGAACGUAAUAUGUCUAGAAGUCGAAUGUUUUUAUGGAAAGGUUUAGCUCUAUCUACCACCAAUAUUUUAACAACUUGGUCCUACUCAUUGAUUUACAACAGUUUGCGCAAUCCAGUACCUACCCUACUCUCAUAAGAAACGUUAUGUUGUUACACUCUCAUCAAAUAAAUGUUUGAGAGGAAAAAGUAUACUGCAGCUUCAUUUAGGUAUUCUUAUCACUAAUUGGUCUCAUGUUUUGACAUUUAUUCUGAUUGAUUCAUCAGAGAAAAGUUAUCACCCUAA